CCACCGAGAGAUGACGUGCAUGAAAACCUCGCCUGUCCCAAACUUCGCCCACUGCUAAAUCCAUCGACCUUAUUCUCCAAGCUUCCUGGAAGGACGAAGUCAGGGUGGCCGAUAACAGAAUGGCAAGCCAAAUGAUCCAUAAAAAAACACGUUAUACAUCCUGAGUAGUUGUAGGCUAGGUUCCUGUAUUUAUUUAUCGUCAUUAAAAUAUUAGCUACACUUGUGCUCGAGACAUGUAGGCUGGUUAACAUAUCCCAGGAAUUGAACUUGCUGGUGAUGAUGCUCGUGGAUCAUGACUGUUCUGGGACUGAUGUUCGGUUGGUUCGUCAGCUCAACAAGGGUAUGAGGAUUCAACCAGGGAUAUGCAGCGGAGGGACCGAACAGCAACGGGGAUGUAAAACCGGAGAUGUCAAUGAAAAUAUUGUUUGUCUGCAAUCUCAGGAUGAAACGGGACGGGUGUGUCCUGGAAGCCCAGCACUGGCGACAGACACGCGGCUAUCCUCCUGUUCCACAGCAGACCGUGAACCAAGCAGUGGCAGUUACAACGUCUCCACUGGAACGGGAACCUUUUACAGCUGCGUCAGUCAGAUCACCAUCGGGUUUGAUCUCGGGGGCCAAGUGGCCAUUGGCAUCUCUCAUUGGAAGAGUCCAUUCCCUCCCAGAGGUCACCCCCUGUGUGACAGUCCUGAUGGGGUUCGCUCCGAGGCCUCUGCUGCCACAGCCCCGCAUCUCUCUGAGUACCAAGAGCCAGUGUCCUGUCCUGCCUCCCUGUCAAUCAACCCUAUAUCAUCCCACUGCAGCGCCAGCCAGGAGACCAUCAGUGACAGCAGCACAAGUGUGAGUUUCUCUCUACAUGGGGCUGAGCUCCAAUGGCAGAGCCCCCACAGACGCAGAGUUCUGCGGCCCCCGGCCCCUGGGGUUGAGGCUGCGGAUUUCUCCUUCCCCCCCAACAGGUUACCAGUCAGAAUGGAGGAGUCCUUGGCUGGGGCUCCGGAUUCCCCCAGCACACAGGACAACGUGCCACCCCCCGUUUUGAAGGAUGUGAAGUUGUUCAUGGAGAGUUUGGAGGGACUGAGCACUCCGUCCAAAGAUUGCGACUCGACCCUGCUCGACCCCGGGACCAGUAGCAGCCUGGACGACAACACCAGGACUGACCCGGCACCAGAGGUAGGGAGAAGUAGGUCCAGUGGCUUGUGCUUCAGCGAUGGCAAGUGCCACAUCGACUACAUCCUGGUUUACAGGAAGUCUGGUCCACAGUCGGAGAAGAGGGAAAUAUUUGAGCGCAACAUCCGGGCCGAGGGCUUGCAGAUGGAGAAGGAGUUGUCUGUGUGCAACAGUGAUGUGAUCUUCCUGAAGCUGCAUGCUCCCUGGGAGGUGCUGUGUCGCUACGCAGAGCUUAUGAACAUUCGGAUGCCGUUCAGGAGGAAAAUCUACUACAUGCAUCGACGGUACAAGUUCAUGAGUAGGAUGGAGAAGAGAAUCAACAGAUUUCGAGGAUGGCUGCCUCGCAAACCCAUGAAGUUUGACAACAACACCCUCCCUGACCUGGAGGAGAACGAGAGCUUUACCGCCCCCUUCAGUCGCUCCAGAAUACAUCAUUUCACCAUUCACAACAAAGACACGUUCUUCAACAACGCCACCAGGAGUCGCAUCGUCCAUCAUAUCUUGCAAAGGGUCAAAUAUGAGGAGGGCAAAGACAAAAUGGGUCUGAAUCGUCUUUUGAGCAAUAGUUCAUACGAAGCAGCUUUUCCCCUUCAUGAGGGGAGCUACAGAAGUAAGAACUCCAUCCGGACGCAUGGGGCAGAGAACCACAGACACUUGCUGUAUGAAUGCUGGGCCUGGUGGGGUGUGUGGUACAAGUACCAGCCACUGGACCUCAUAAGGCGGUACUUUGGGGAGAAAAUUGGUCUCUAUUUUGCCUGGCUGGGUUGGUACACUGGGAUGCUGUUCCCUGCGGCGCUGGUUGGGCUCAUGGUCUUCCUCUACGGCUGGUUCACCCUAGACCACUGCCAGGUCAGUAAAGAAAUCUGCCAGGCCACUGACAUCAUCAUGUGCCCCAUAUGUGACGAGUACUGCCCCUACCUGAGACUCUCAGACAGCUGCAUCUAUGCCAAGGUCACCCAUCUGUUUGACAACGGAGCAACAGUUUUCUUUGCAGUAUUCAUGGCUGUGUGGGCAACCGUGUUUCUCGAGUUCUGGAAGAGGCGGCGAGCGGUCCUUGCGUAUGACUGGGACCUAAUUGACUGGGAGGAAGAGGAGGAGGAAAUCCGCCCCCAGUUUGAGGCCAAAUAUUCAAAAAAGGAGAGGAUGAACCCCAUAACUGGAAAGCCUGAGCCGUACCAGGCCUUUACAGACAAGUACAGCCGACUCAUCGUCUCAGCUUCUGGAAUCUUCUUUAUGAUCCUGGUGGUGAUCGCUGCCGUCUUCGGCAUCGUGAUUUACCGCGUGAUCACAGUCAGCACUUUUGCCGCCUUCGGCUGGGCUCUCAUCAGGAAUAACUCUCAGGUGGCCACCACCGGCACAGCCGUGUGCAUCAACUUCUGCAUCAUCAUGCUCCUCAAUGUGUUGUAUGAAAAAGUUGCCCUUCUGCUCACCAAUUUAGAGCAGCCGAGGACUGAGUCCGAGUGGGAGAACAGCUUCACCCUGAAGAUGUUCCUGUUUCAGUUUGUCAAUCUCAACAGCUCUACCUUCUACAUAGCUUUUUUCCUGGGCAGGUUCACUGGCCGGCCAGGAGCCUAUAUCCGCCUCAUCAACCGCUGGAAACUGGAAGAGUGCCAUCCCAGUGGUUGUUUGAUAGAUCUCUGCAUGCAGAUGGGUAUCAUCAUGGUGCUCAAGCAGACCUGGAACAACUUCAUGGAGCUGGGCUACCCGCUGAUCCAGAACUGGUGGACGCGGCGAAGGCUGAGGCAGGAGCACGGCCCCAACGCCAAGGCCAGCUUCCCGCAGUGGGAAAGGGACUACAACCUGCAGCCCAUGAAUGCCUACGGACUGUUUGACGAAUACCUAGAGAUGAUCUUACAGUUUGGCUUCACCACCAUAUUUGUGGCAGCUUUCCCCCUGGCCCCGCUCCUGGCCCUCCUCAACAACAUCAUCGAGAUCCGCCUGGACGCCUACAAGUUUGUCACCCAGUGGCGGAGACCCCUGCCCUCUCAAGCCAAAGACAUAGGGAUCUGGUACGGCAUCCUGGAGGGCAUCGGUAUCUUGUCCGUCAUCACCAACGCCUUUGUCAUCGCCGUCACCUCCGACUUCAUCCCACGCCUUGUCUACGCAUACAAGUACGGCCCGUGUGCCGGGCAGGGCCGGGCCGGGGAGAGGUGCAUGAUGGGAUAUGUGAACGCCAGUCUAUCGAUGUUCAGAGUGUCUGAUUUUGAGAACACGUCGGUGCCCAGGACAGAUGGAUCGGAUACAUUUGGAGAAGCAGUGAAGUACUGCAGGUACCGUGACUACAGAGAGCCCCCAGACUCGCCCGGUGAGCCAUACUCCUACACACUGCAGUUCUGGCAUGUCCUGGCCGCACGACUGGCCUUCAUCAUAGUCUUCGAGCACAUGGUUUUCACCAUCAAGAACCUGAUCGCCUACCUGAUCCCAGACCUGCCCAAGGACCUGCGUGACCGCAUGCGGCGGGAGAAGUACCUGAUCCAGGAGAUGAUGUACGAGGCCGAGCUAGAGAGACUGCAGAAGGAGAAGAACGAGAAAAAGAAGAAUUACAGGGCCCAUCAUAACGCAUUGCUCUAAAUGCACAAGCAGGUCAUACUGGUGUCAAUUUUUGCUUGGUGGUGUUGUGAGUGGGAAUGACAGAGAACUGGCUGCAUGCACGCCAGGGACUGUCCUGCCUGUCUGCGUCUCCCACUGGACCAGGUGAGCGCCCCCAAGAGGACCGUCAGCAUGCUCCUCACCAUGGUGUUCAAACGUACUGUACGUCAUUCUGAAUCCAAGAGGCCAGUGGGUGAGGGGGAAAAAAGAGGACAUACGUUGGAACAUUUUACAAUGGGUUUACUACUUUUUUUCCCCAGAUUGCUCCUUCCACUUUGGACUCUCAACUGUACAUUUCUUGAAAACCUGAAUGUAGAUUUCAAAGAAACACAAAAAACUAACUUUUGCAGUUCUGUUGUCACAACUUAAAGAAAUAUUCUGUCAUCUGUGCGGUUGAAUGACAAACCCUGUUUACAAUCCGAGCCUUUUCAUUUUGAGGACAAAUUCAUGAUGAAUCAUGAUCAAUGGCUUUUACAAGGUUGUAAACCUUCGGCCAUGUUCUCUGCUUACGUUGUGUGCUGCUUACAAUGUUAUUUUGAAACGUUCCAUCAGAUCUGUGUUAGUGGACGCAGACUGCUCAGACAUCCAAUGCCUUCCUUUACAAUGGAUACUAAUAAGAGUAAUAAAAAUGUGUAUUUGUUACAAAUCAGUUUUGUAAUUGUCCCAUUUGCACUUUGCUGUCAUUUUCAUCUUUCCAUCUGACAGAAUGUGCCACUACGAGAAUCUCCAUGGCGGUUAGCACAUCCUUAGCGGGUAGGUCAGGUUGUCAGAGCACAGUAUGCAUCACUAACACUGAUGUCUCCUCCAGCUCGUUUAGAGGCUGCCCACCAAGUAACUGUAGCUACUGUCUGCCUCUAGUGUCUACCUGAUACCCCCUCUACAGUUCCCUACUUGGCCACCAAGGGGCGCCAAUACACCUAUCUUCUGAUGCAGCCACAGGCAUCAACAAUGAGAGAGAGAAGGGAAUAGGUGCACAGUUCUCACAUUUUUUUUGUCAGGUGUCCAAAGAUAAACACAGUCAUGUUCUGAUACUUUGAAGAUGAGAAGUAUCUUUAUUUUUGUUUAUUGUAUGGUGUUUUUUUUGUGUCCCUGGAGGAAUUCUUGUUUGGUUUACACCAUUAUUGGUGUAAAAUAUCUGUCAAAUCCUUAAAGCUUUAUGUUUAUUUAAAUGCUCUCUACCGUUGGCA